AUGUUGAAAGAAGAUAUUUUUAUUAACCAUUCUUUCAACAGUGAAUAUUUUCUCAAAUUAAGAAAGAAAAAAGAAGCUGCUUUUGAACAUGAAGAUAUUAAGGUAGCAGAACAGUCAUCCAGUGCUGAAAAAUUGUUGUAUAAGGUACUGAAACAAAUAACUGGGAGAGUUUUAUUAGAAUUCAAAGUGCUUAUUUGGGAACCAAGGAACGAGUUACAAAUAAAGGAAGAAAAGCAGUGCGGUAUUAGCAGUAAAGAUAAAAAAGCUAAGUCACAUAGUAAUCGCACUGAAGUGGGUGUUAAAAAUGUUGGCUGUAAGAUGUUAGAAAGUAAUUGGAAUAAAUGGAAUGAUUCAGCAUUCCAUCGAGGCGGUCAUUGAGCAAAUUUUAGGUAGAUCAUGACAGUCACCUUUGAAUUUGAGGUCACAUCAUGGUUUUUAACAAUGAUGUGAUCGUUUAGGUGACAGGUCGACUUGUUCUUUUUAAAAAGUAGUCUUGUUUCAUAAUGCUUAAUUCUUAUAUAUAUUUGUUUAU